AAUGACGGUGUUAAAAUUUUAAAUAAUGAUAUUGAUGUCUUUGCAGUGUCUAUCGGUGCAAUAAGAGUAGAGCCAAGGAGCUGGUACGUACACGACGAAAAUCGAAAUAAUACGAUUCGCUUUCAGUGUUUGGGAACAACUCGCGCGGUGUGGCUAUUCAACGGACAACCGAUACGUUCGAACGUAGACAAAUCGAGAAUAGUUCACGGCAGUUUGAUCCAAAUUACAACAUUUCGAUUCGAGUUUGCUGGAGUGUAUACAUGCAGAAAUUCGUGGCCCGGAACAGCCGAAGCUAACGCGACACUGCAGGUUCAGCCUGAGUUUGCUGAUCCUCGAUCUAGUGGAAAGAUUGUAGCCUCUGGUGAUCGUAUUGAGUUGAACUGUUCUAUUAGAGCUCACAUUUAUCCUCCUGCUACGCUAGAAUGGCUGAAACGAGACAGUAAUGGUGUGAGACGGCUUGGCAUGAGAGAACGAUACGUUGCGUCGACUGCUAGAGUAGAGAAUUCUGGUGAGUACAUCUGCAUAGCCACAAACAAGUACGCUUGGGCGUCUGCAAAAAAGUCGAUAUUCGUAAAAGUUUAUGAACCGGGCAAUUGUCGCCGCAAUCACGUUCCUAUAUUUAACUCAGCCACGAACGUAUCUGUAACGAUCGAGAUGUUUGGUACACCACGUGUUCACUUUGCUGCCAUUUCUCCAUGGCGGGAACUAAACAGAACCGAAGACGGACAUAUUGUCUUGUCUCGAUCUCUAGACGGUUUCAAGGGAUCGACGCCUCAAGUUAUUGGUAAUCUGACGCAGGUUGUCACUAAUGGAAAAUGGAAAGAGAUUAUCAAAGAGAAAUGCAUGGUUAGGAUUGACCUUGAGACGGCGUCGACUGAACGUUGGAAAGUGUGUUUGUUAAUUUUCUACACACCAAACGGUUCACAGUGUGAAGCCAAAUACCAUGUUCAGGUCAGUUUAUUGAUAUCGCAGCUGGUUGAAGACAUGUUCCACUACUUUGACUGUCACUUUACGUGGAAACUGCACUCUGUAUUUGUUAGCAGCAACUUCAGUUGCUCGUCUCUAAGGAUAGGAGCCACAGUCAAGAGUAUUACAGAUUCACUCACCUGCCAGACUUUUUCUAGAUAUGAGUCUUGGCUUUCACGUUGGAAAUUCACGAAUGGAAUGUUUGGAAGAGUUCAACACAGUGUUGCGCACUCAGAAGUAAAAGCACCGUAUUGUAGAUCACAAGCAGUAUCAAGUAGUCCCGAGUUCAAAAAUUGCCACAAAGUCUUGUAUUGUUAUAGAAAACCGAAGAGAAAAGACAAAACUGUUUGUCAAUCACGAAAUAAGAAGAUCCACAAGAAGCUUAAACAGUCUAAAAGAAAGAACUCCACUAAGGACUUAAGACUCUACUGCAAUGUUGACGAUAGUAAUUAAAUUAGCUAGAAAUAGAAGACAAUCAUUGUAGUCUUGUCUGCUUGUAAACAUGCUAAACACAAUGAA